AGUCCCGCUGCAGUGAGCAGGAACGUUCUUUUCCGGGCGGUAGAGGAAGAGGACGGCCGUUUCUGCUUUGGGCGCCCGGGUGUGGAGCGACCAACGGGUGGGGGGCUUUGGGGUCCUCGGGCCAGGGCUCUUUGGGCGGCUGUGCACACGGAGUCGGCGCAGUUGUCGGGUGAGGCGCAACGGGCCGGGCUCCGGGGCUUCGCGGGCCGGGCUCCGGGGCUUCGCGGGCCGGGCUCCGGGGCUUCGCGGGCCGAGCGUGGCUCCCGGUCGCUGUCGGGAGAUGACAAGGUGUAUGCGGCCAGGAAGGGUUUUUUUAGUGUCCUGCCCUGUCUGCCUAAAUCUCUUGAGGGCUUAGAAGGUCUCGUCGGUCGGCCCACGGCAUAUAUUCGCACCAGUUGCUGGGCAGUUAGCACGUGGCUUCCAAACUCGCAGUUUCAGAAUUUGAAAGCACCAUACAGAAAACUGGAUAAGGCAAAGAGCAAGUGAUGGCUCAACCAGAAGUGAAUUCUGUUGACUGCAUGACAUCUGAUAGAGCUGGGGACAUUGGAAACCAAAGUGAUGACUCAUCUGAUAGCUUAUUUAAAACACAGUAUGUUCCUUCACCUACACAAAGGCAAAGAAAUCCUACUGCAAAAUGUGUCAUUUCAUCUGCAAGGGUUGAAACUGACUCAUCAAGUGACUCCUCUCUAGAACCAAAGCCUCUGACUUUGAAGGCUAUUUUUGAAAGGUUUAAGAAAAAGAAACGGAAAAAGAGAAAGUAUAAGCCAAAAUUAAGACCAAGAGAAAGACCCCCUGGAAUAAAAAAUGCUAGAAACCCUAGAAGGUCACAAAUAGAUGUCAAACAAAUUAAAGACAAAGGAGCUGUGUUUCCAUUCUUAGAAUCUGAAAAUGAAAGAAAACCUUUACCUUGGAAGAAACUUUUAACAUACGAGCAAGCUGUUGCAAGAGGAUUUUUUCACCACAUUGAAAAACUGAAGUAUGAGCACCACCUUAAGGAAUGCUUGGAGCAAAUGCAUGCUGGGGAAGAUUUAGAAAAGGAAGACCUUGACAGCCGGAGACACAAAUACAUGGAUGAUGAUGGUCCUCUUUCUCCUAUUGAAGAGCCUUUAACAGAAGAUGAGGCAACAAAUCCCGAGUCUGGAUGUGAUAUCAAAUUGGUUGCUUGUCUUGAUUAUGAAGGCAGAAUUGAAGAUACCUGCGAAUGGAUGUUUGUUUCAGUAUAUUUUUUUUAUUUCAGGCACUGGCAUAUCUUUCAAAAAAUUAGGAAUGAAUAUUAGCAGAACUCUUCAAACAUGUUGGUAAGUGAAACUAAGUUUCUGUUUUAGUUUCAGUGUCUCAUGCCCCAGGUGUUACAUGGUAUAGUUCCCAGCAAAGGCAAUUGCUGUGUAUAGACUAGAAAAAAAACCUUUGUGCCCUCAUGUCAGUCAAAGUGCCUAGAAAUACUUGAUCAAUAGGAAUAUUGUUCUUUUAACACACCAUGUACAGUGUGCAUGUCCUACUCCUGUAAUUGUAGGAAUUAGGAGCCUGAAGGCGGAAGGAUCCAAGUUAGAGGCCAGCCUAGGAAACUAUUGGAAACUUGCCUCAGAAAAUAAAAGUUCUUGCUGGCUAGAUAGCUAGCAGAUAAAGUAAUUGGUCCUAGAACACUACAGUUCAGAACCCUAGAAGCUAGGCCAGUAUGAUAGCCAAAUCUGGGAACUCUGGGUUCAGUGAAAACCUCAGAAAAACAGCGUGCACGUAUGUCUGUGUUCCCAAAGAGAAGAGAAACAGUUAAAGUUUGUUUUGGGCACUUUUCCAGUGUGGGUGGGAAUGAAGAAUCAGAUGGGAUUCUGAAUCACCUGCAUAAAUGAACAGCCCCCUUAAUUAGUUUCUUCAUUAGGAGCACCAGGCUGUGGGUUUUAGGAAUUGGCACUGCAUGGUAUCUGCACUCAGCAGUUCUUUCCUGCUGUUGUGUUCAAAAGACAGUGCAAUAGAAAUUCACUAUCUGGCAUCGUUGGUUUCUUGGCUUUGUGCAUGUUAAACCUGGUAUUUCUAAUGAUACAGUUAUUAUUUUAUACGGGGUAUAUUUAUUGUGGCUAUGGGUGUCCUGUGGAGGUCAGAGCAUGAUUCUGGAGAAUAGCUGGUACGCUCGGUGGGCAAGCAUUGACACUUGCUGAAUGAAUCUCUCCUUUACUUCCUAGGAUGUCAACAAGUGAGAGGCCUACAUUAAAAUGGUAAGGCAUUGUUUGCUUCUAGCUGGUUUUACUUGAUGAAUAAUGUGUGAGACUUGCAACUUACUGAGCCUCAUUCUACAUAAGAAUGGGCACUGUCAUUCAGUGUCCAGAACUGGUUAAUGUGGCUAAAUUGAGGCACAGGUCAUGCUUCCAUCACAGUAGAUGUAUUACAGUGGUGACAAUGAGACCUGUAACAUUUUGCCUCUUGUGUGAAGACAUAAUGAUUCAUUUCACAAUACUUAAUCUAUGAUCAUCAAACUUUUAGGUUCCUAAAGUAAAUCAUUUGAAGGAGUCACCAGUAAUCUUCUGGUAAGAUGUUAACUUUAUGUACACCAUUAUAGUUAGAUGACAAGGUACUGGAAUUUGCUGUCAGAGACAUGUUGUGAUGAUGGGCAAAAAUGUUCAACUGCUCUGAAUGGGCUGAGUGAAAUUAGCCUUUCUGAACAUCCACUUUUGGUGGGUCUCUCCAGAUACCAUCUAUGUAGAUAAGGAUAUAGACUCAAAGGAUUGAUUUAUUUGAUCUUGGGAGGUCUAUUCCUUUAAUUAUGAGGAUCUUGGAAGUUGUGCAGUUAUCUUUACCUACUCGGGGGUUACAAGUGUGAGCAAGACAGUCUGGCUUGGUAGCCUGCUACGAACUAACGGUUCUGCCUUAUCCAGGGCAGUUUUAACACAACCAUUUUUGGGCAGUGGAUUUUAGAAAAACUUCAACAUUGGUAAUGCUUACAACCAUGUGAAUUUAAAACAUUUUCCCACAGGUAGAAAACUGAAUUUUUCAUGAAAAGA